CACGACCAUGCGCAGGUUGCUGACAGACCUUCCCACAUACGGGCGGAGAGAAAGCCAGCAUGAGCUGGACUUGAACUCACAGCGACCGCAUUGGUGAGAGACUCCUGGGUCAUUACGCUGCGCUAGCGCGCUAACCAACUGAGCCACGGAGGCCCCCAUCUAUGUAUUGUUCCAUGUCACCGCGACAUAUACACUCGUGUGAAAUGACAUUCGAAGUAAUAAUUUUAAACAGGUACGACUGACCAUUGUGUAUUUGAAAUCGGCAAAUAAUGCACAUAAAGUACAAAGGGAAACAUUUAUAACGAAAUGGAUCAAAUGAGCUUAUAUAAUUCUUGCUGUGUCAUAAUUGCAGUUGUUUGCGGUCGUGACAUGAAGCGACAUGACGGGUAUCUAGGAAAAUAUGAAAAGGAUACAACGCGGCAGAAAGUUGAUGGGAUCAAUACACCAAAGCCCAUGCAAAUAUUUAUUUACAUAUAUUUAUUUUAUUGGUAGUACAUAUCCAAUACUUACACGUAAGCGAUAGAACCUGGGUUCAAUCCCGAAUCGACUGAUGCCUUAACAUCGGUAACCAUUGUACCACAUCGCUUGGUGCUCAGCGCAAGAGGAAGGGCCAGUGUAACUGGAUGGCGAGUGUCUUCAGCAUUGCUUUCUAUAGUAAGGCAUUACUGUAAGUACGAGUGAGUCGGCAUUGGGUCCGGCCUGCUUUAAGAAGACACAAUCGUGAUCUGACCGAAAUAAUGCAGUAAUUACGUUACACCCCAAUCAAAUAAGCAAACAAACGAAUAGUUUCUGGGAGUUUACAGCCAAUCUGACGUUCAAAAGCAAGGGCAGUUUUGGUGUUAAGAAAAUAGUUAGCUGAUAUACGUACACCUAUAACAGAACGUCGUUUUCUCCAGAUAUUUUAUUCUAUGGGAAUGUCCAGAAUUAACGGUUAUAGACAAUAUUUCGACCUAAGUACGAAAUGAACCGUGUGCUUGAGACAUUCAAUCCGCUACUGAUAACUUUAUCAGGUAUCUAAAAUGUAAAGUAGGCUACCGAUGAAAUUGUCGUCAUCCAGUAUCACAAAUAACCCAGAUACCUGUGAUUAGGCCUUCGAACUCCGAGAUCGAACCAAACAGGAUAUACAGAUGACAUACACAGAGGCGGAUGGUUCAGAAGCUAAAGGAGAAGAUCCCGUGAUUCACUUCUAAAAUGUAUUUUCUACAACUAUUACUCGCCACUGCUUGUCUACUGACCGGGCAGAUUGUGGCACCAUUCCUGGUUGGCGAUUCCAGGUCAGGUCCGUACGUUUCAAGAGUAAGGCUGGUUGACGGAGAGGGGCCAUGGCAGGGACGCCUGGAGGUGUACUCUCAAGGACAGUGGGGGGCAGUCUGUGACACGAACUGGGACGAUUCGGAUGCUCGUGUUGUCUGUACGAUGUUACGGUACAGCCCAGAGCAUGCCAAGGGCCACCCGUCUUCGAUGUUCGGAACCAGCCUUGGGUUGCCGUUCCUGUUGGGAGACGUGAGUUGCACUGGUAAUGAACAGAGCCUGUCACAGUGCCGACUUACCUCCCCUGUCUCUGGCAACUGCAGAUACAGAGAUGUCGGCGUGGACUGCUUUCACCCGGGCUACAUGAGUGGCUAUCAAACAACAGUGGACAUGAUGAAGACUACUUCAGACCCGGAAAGACAACUCGCCAGUGCCAUGUCCGUCACUUGUGAUGAUCGGGCCUUCAAUGUGACAGUGGACACACGGAUGUUGGAUGUUGGCACCAGUAGGGCAGGUCGUUACAACCAUAUCACUCUGGGUACCAGUGCCUGCACUGGUCACAUGGAAGGGGAUCUCCUUGUCAUACAUGCUUUAAUCGCAAAAUGUAUUCCUGUGGUCCAGGAAACCUCAACAAUGGUCUACUACAGUGGAAAACUCCGUAUUUAUCACAAAGAGGAGAGUGGCAUAACGAGAGACCACGUGACGGAAGUGGAGGUGGAAUGUACCCUUCACAGAGAGCUGACCAUCAAUGGUAGUUACGUCAUCAAAGAAGGGAUGAAACCCCGUAUAAUACAAGCACAAGCAGAAUUCAACACCACUAUGGAGUUUUACCAAGACAAGUUCUUCUACCGCCGUAUCACCGGCUGGCCGCAUGCUGUUGGCUUAGACCAGAUCGUGUAUGUACAGUUAUCUAUUGAUUCCGCGGACCCCAACCUCAGCCUGACCGUGGAGUCCUGCGACGCCCACGACAAGACGAAUACCCAGUCCUACCAACUCAUCGAGGAUAGGUGUCCUGUCGACGAAACGACCACCAUUCUCCCGUCUGGUAAAGAUUUCGCACGUUUCAAGUUCUCGUCGUUUCAGUUCAUCGGCGAGGCUCCUGAAGUCUACCUGGACUGUGACGUGAUGGUGUGUGAGCCCCAUGACCCGGCCCCAAACUGCCAGCAACGCUGGUGCAGUACUUGGGAAGGAAAUGUCACCGUGGCCACCAUGGCCACCAUGGCCAAACGAUCCAGACCUUCCUCAGAAUACAAGAGACGAUAUUUUCACUUGACAGCAGGCCCGUUCCUCAUCCCAGCUAAACAUUCUGUCAACAAUACAAAGAGAGGCCAUCAGAAAGGACUUCUACUAGACGUUGCUCCACCAAACAAGCCCGAAGAGAAAUCCACAGAAGGGGUAAAGAUCCCGCCUCUCCUGGUGCUGAUGUGUGUCGUGCUUGCUACCCUGACCCUGGUGGGUAUCGGGCUCUACCUGAGGAAGAAGGUUAGCGGCCCAGUACACGUCAUCUAAUGGGCAUCAUUAAGUGACAGAGCAGUUUAUAUAAACAGACAGACAAUGAGCGGUUGACUGUGCUGCCCAUUGCUGAAUCUAAACUACCUAUCUAAAUACUGCCUAAAAAUGUCGAACAGAACGAAAACAGAUAUAUAUUGAAUAGUAAUCAGUACCAUGUGCCGCGUAGACAUAACUUGAGGGCAAACGUUCACAUAAGGUGAAAUGUUUGCAACAUGAACGAAUACAUGUUGAGCUUUGAUAGCACCAAAUCAGCAAUAACCAAAGCCUGGGCUUAACUCUGAUACAAGUGAAUAUGCGAAUCCUGCUGAGAUCAACAUCCACAGGAUGCAACGAUUAACCACUGGCGUCGUCAGAUGUAAUAAACAUAAUGUGUAGUCAUCUUAACAAGACGCUUUCUAAAUUAUCUCCAUCUUGAUAAUGUCGUAUUCAGACUGCUUUCAAAGAUCGGCCACUGGAACCAAAAGUUCCUUUCAUAUUUUUAUAGAUUCGCUAUAGAAUACACAGUUCAAUAUUUUGCUUCAGAUAGAGAAUAUUUUGUUGAAGAAUUUGUGGAUUUGUUGUUGCCCAAAUAUUAGUGUACCUAUGUUGGCUGCUAUUAAAUGAAGAAACAUAAGGAAUCUCCAUGAACCGUUAACAGUUUAC